AUGGACUCCGAAAAAGCCAUGGCUUCUGCUCCUGCUACUGCCACUAGUACGACUACCCAAUUGAUCCCUUUCAAGUACUCCAAUCGGGUCCUCCUGAAAACCAUAUUGGACCGCAGCGACGGCGGCCUGGAGCUGGUUGGUGAGAGAGUCCUCAUCGGAGGGUGGGUCAAGUCCUCCAAGGAGGUCAUGAAACAAACUCCUCCACCGCCUCCGCCGGCAGCUGAUCAUGCUCCGGCUCGUGAGCCCGAGCCCAAAUCAGACGUCAGCUGUGUCGAAAUCCUUCAAUCCCGGAUACCAUUUUUGAGGACGAUUGUGAAGGUCUUGGGUGGAAGCAGCUCCAAUAACACUCUUCGAGAAAGGAUCGAUGCGGUGCUUAAGCCGGCACCUCCCUCCACGGCAUUCUUGAAAAUCAGUGAUGGUUCUUGUCCUGCCAGUCUUCAGGUGGUUGUUGAGUCGUCUAUAGUGCCGCCGUGCCAGCUAUUGCAUACCGGGACUUGCGUCACGGUGGAAGGUGUGCUGCAGCAAUCUGUGGUGAAAGGCAAACAUGUUGUGGAGCUGAGAGUGGAGAAAGUACUUCAUAUUGGAACAGUUGAUUACAGCGAGUAUCCAUUGUCAAAGAAGAGAGUGCCAAUUGAGAAGUUGAGGGAAUGCUUCCACAUUCGCGCUCGGACUACCACGGUGGGAUCUGUUAUGCGUAUCAGAAGUGCCCUGACUUUUGGGGCUCAUACAUUUUGUCACAACCAUGGUUUUAUUUCUGUGCAAGUGCCCAUUUUAACUUCAACAGACUGCAACGGUUUCAGCAAAAAGUACAAGGUCACUGGUCUGUUUGACAAGGCAGAUCAAAAGGAGGAGCCUAAAGCCAUUGCUGAAAUUGAAGGUGUUAAUCUCGAAGCUAUCAAAGCUGCUGCAAAAGAGAAGAGUAGCUUAGUAGAGGAACUCAAGAGGACUGAUAGCAAUAAGGAAGCACUGGCAGCUGCAGUACUGGAUUUGAGGAAGACAAACGAAUUAGCAUCACAGUUGGAAGCAAGAGAAAAAUCGAAACUGAAAACUUCUCAAAAGGUUGACAAUGUUAAGUCUUCUGAAGGUUCCUCCUCCUCCCAAACUUUCCUUACUGUUUCAGGACGUCUGCAUCUGGAGAGCUAUGCAUGUUCUCUUGGAAAUGUUUACUCCUUCGGUCCCAGAUUUCGAGCAGAUAAAGGAGAGUCCCCUAAACAUGUGCCGGAAAUGUUGAUGUUUGAAAUUGAAAUGGCUUUUUCACAACUUGAGGAUGUAAUUAAUUGUGCAGAUGAAUUUUUCAAGUUCCUCUGCAAAUGGGUUCUGGAAAAUUGUCCGGAGGAUAUGAAAUUUGUCACUGAACGAAUAGACAAGAACAGGGUUGAUCGUCUUCAAUCAGUGAUUUCAAGUUCAUUUGAAAGAAUUUCCUAUGCUGAAGCAUUAAAUGUUUUAAACAAGGUUACGGAUAAGAAAGUUGAAACAAACUUACAGUGGGGUGCUGCACUAACUGAAGAAGAUUUAAGUCAUUUGUCUGAUGAGAUCUACAAGAAGCCUGUAAUUGUAUACAACUAUCCUAAAGAAACCAAGCCAUUCUAUGUACGGCUGAAUGAUGAUGGAAAAACAGUUGCAGCGUUUGAUAUGAUUGUACCGAAGAUUGGGAAGUUAACUUCUGGUAGCCAAAAUGAGGAGCGCACCCAUAUACUAAGUACAAGGAUUAAGGAUUUGGGGUUGCCAAGAGAGCAGUAUGAAUGGUACUUGGAUCUUCGCAGGCAUGGAACUGUUAAGCACUCUGGUUUCAGUCUUGAAUUUGAUCUUAUGGUUCUCUUUGCAACUGGUCUUACUGAUGUAAGAGAUGCUAUCCCCUUUCCAAGAAGUUAUGGCAAAGCAAAGUACUAG